AUGGCCGGAGUCAAGCGCAAGGAAGCACCCAAGGCCGUCGCUGCCGUACGGUCCGGAUCAGAGAAGAAGCAGAAGCUGGCCUCGACAGGCUCGUCCAAGAAGAAGGCCGCCCCGAUCAAGGAACCUACUCCCGAAUCCGACGAGUCGAGCGAGGAUGAAGAUGAGGACGAAGAUGAGCUAGACGGAGAGGAUGAUGCCAUGUCCGGCGUGGAGCAAGAGGGUGGAAACAGCGAGUCGGACGACAAGAAGAUCAGAAGUGCGUCAAGGACGAGAACAGACAAAAGGCACACGGCUGACACAACCCACAGCUNNGGUCAAUCAUCAGCAGAAGCACACGCUGCCCAGCGUGCCCUGGCGAAAGAGCGCAAAGCCGCCAAACCCAACGCAGACAUCAUUGGCCGUAGCAAGAAGAUCUGGGAGAGACUGCGCAGGAAGUCACAUGUGCCCAACGACGAGCGCAAGGCUCUUGUCGCCGAGCUGUUUGAGAUUAUCACUGGCAGAGUCCGUGACUUUGUCUUCAAGCACGACAGUGUGCGUGUCAUCCAAUGCGCCCUCAAAUACGCCAACAUGCAACAAAGAAAGCAGAUCGUCACAGAGCUCCGCACCGACAUGCGCGAGCUGGCUGAGAGCAAGUACGGCAAGUUCUUGGUCGCCAAGAUGGUCGUCGAAGGGUUUGUUUCGAUUCCUCUUCCCUCACUACUUUCCACGCUGACACCCCAUCUUACAGAGNACGCCGAGAUCCGCAACAUGGUCGUCCCUCAGUUCUACGGUCACAUCCGUCGCUUGAUCAACCACCCCGAAGCUGCUUGGAUCGUCGAUGAUAUCUACCGCCAGGUCGCUACCUCUUCACAANAGGCUCUCAUGCUCCGCGAGUGGUACGGUGCCGAGUACGCCAUCUUCGGCAAGACCAAGGCUGCCCAAGGUCAGACUGACGACAAGGUCACGGCUGACCUCAAGGCCAUCCUGGACGAGAGCCCCGAGAAGANNAAAAAGCCCAUCAUGAACUACCUCCAACAACUGAUCAACCAGCUUGUUCAAAAGAAGAUGACUGGUUUCACUAUGCUGCACGACGCCAUGCUCCAGUACUUCCUCAACACAACCCCUGGCACUCCCGAAGCCGCCGAGUUCCUUGAGCUGCUCAAAUCUGAUCUAGACGAAGAGAACGGUGGCGAUCUUCUCAAGAACUUGGCUUUCACAAAGAACGGCAGCCGUGUCGUGUGUUUGGCUCUUGGUUACGGAACCGCAAAGGACCGUAAGCUCAUUCUACGUGUCUACAAGGAUGCCGUCGAGAUGAUGGCUCUGGACCCCAACGCACACACUGUUUUGCUUGCCGCAAUGGACACCGUCGACGACACCAAGAUGACCGCCAAGGCUCUGUUCCCAGAGUUGCUGGGUGAGAACAUCAAGGAUGAAGCCGAACGCGAGAACCGCCUCGUUGAUCUUAUUUCUCAUCUGACCGCCCGUAUCCCGCUGCUCUACCCUCUUGCUGGACAAGCCAAGUGGCUGGUUUCGGACGUUCAGAAGAACAUUAUCGCCGAGGUACAAUCCGUGCGCGAGGUUACCUCCAAGAAGAACCCUGAGAUUCGUCGAUCAGAACUCAUUGCAUACAUGUCACCUUACUUGCUACCUAUCAUUCAGAGCCGUGCUGCCGACCUUGCAAGUGUCGGCUUUGGUUGUCAGUACAUCAGCGAGGUUCUCUUGGAAGCUCAAGGUGAUAAGAAGGCAGCUUGCGAGGCCGUGGUUGCUUUGACCGAGGGCGACGUAACAUCAGAAGGACAUAUCGCACAGAGCGCAGCUGGUGGUAAGAUGCUAAGAGCACUGGUCAGUGGCGGCAAGUUCGAUCCCGAGUCAAAGACAGUAAAGUUGGUCGAGCCUCGCCUUGGCUUCGGCGAUAUGCUGUUCAAGUCGCUCAAGGGCCAAUUCGUCGACUGGGCCACAAGCCCCUCAAGUUUCGUCGUUGUACAGUUGCUCGAGAGCGAAGAUGUCAGCGAUGCCAACAAGAAGGUUGUCCGCGAUGAACUGUCAAAGGGCAAGAAGACACUGGAGAAGGCAGCCAAGGGUGAAAAUGCACCUUCGAAAAAGGCACCUGUCGAGUCAGACGACCAACAAAACAAAAAGAAGAAGAAGACGAAUGAUGGGCCAAAGGGCAACGCAGGUGCGAAGAUUUUGCUUGAGAAGCUGAGCAAAUGA